AGCAGCGCAUGCCGGGAAAUAUCUAUGGGGCUCCACGUCUCGCGAGAAGCCGGUGACGUCGCGCGCGGGGGCGGGGCGAGGCGGCGGCAGGGCGCGGGCCGCCAUGGCGCAGCAGCGGGUGCUGCCGCAGAGCAAGGAGACCCUGCUGCAGUCCUACAACAAGCGCCUCAAGGAUGACAUCAAGUCCAUCAUGGACAACUUCACCGAGAUCAUCAAGUCGGCCAAGAUUGAGGAUGAAACUCAAGUCUCUAGAGCAACCCAGAGUGAACAAGAUAACUAUGAGAUGCAUGUCAGAGCUGCAAACAUUGUCCGAGCUGGUGAGUCCCUGAUGAAACUUGUGUCUGACCUGAAGCAGUUCCUGAUCCUCAAUGAUUUCCCCUCUGUGAAUGAAGCUAUCAACCAGCGCAACCAGCAGCUGAGAAGCUUGCAGGAGGAAUGUGACAAGAAGUUGAUUGCACUAAGGGAUGAGAUCUCCAUUGACCUGUACGAGUUAGAAGAAGAAUAUUACUCUUCCAGUCUGUGUGACAGCAAUGACCUUCCCCUGUGCGAAGCCUACUGGAGACAAGACUUUGCCACGCUGUCCCCCGAGAGCCUCUCCAUGCCUCUGACAGCUGCCCCAGCAGAGCAGAGUGGUGCUACGUCGCAGAGCUCGACCCCAUCACACCCUCACGUGAACGGGCACGGGGUGGUGGGCCCUGCAGAGCACCCCUGAAGAAGAUGCUGUGCUGCUGAGCACGUCCCUCCCGGCAGCCCCACGCUGCUGGACGUCUUCCACCCGCUGUACCCUCCCUCACUCAGGGGAGGGCAGUGGAGCUGUGGGGCAGGUGUCUGUGCACUGGGCAGCUGCAGCGCUUCCUCCACCCCUGGGACGUUGUCAUGAGCAUUCCUCUCCCACAGGAGAAUGUGAUGAGUAAAUACAAAGCUGAUUGUUCUAACGAA